UGCUUUCUAUAAAUUGAAAUAUAUUUCAAGAUGCAGCAAGCUAAUAAUCCAAACGGUGAAGAAGAGAAAGCACUAAUUACUCAGCCUUAUCAUAUCUGAAAGGAUAUAAGGUCCUUAUCUCAUCAACUAUAUGCUCUGAGUGAACUUCCAAGAGAAGGAGCAACUCUUCUGUUGGAUUACUUCAGCGAUGAUGAAGCUAAAAGGGAGCUAGAUAUACUAGCAAGUAACCUAAAAGCAUAUAAAUGUAACUAAGAAACAAAAUCCCAAGAAAAAGAGGGAGAUUGAAGUAAAAUCUCCAAAAGCAGUUACCGUUCUUCAUACUUUCAAUGUCCAAGUGAGCAACUUAGUAGUAAAACUGAUCAUGGUAAAAGAGUUUCAUAAGUCUAAUGAAGUAUUCAAAUGCCUUAAGAACUCUGUAUAUGGUCUUGCUAGAUCCUCCCUCUUCAAUAACUCAGCAUGUGCCAAAGUUCUUCAAAAUGAAUACAAAGAUGCUAGUAAGGAACUAGCUGAAUGAGAAUACCUUGAAGCUAAUUCAGAUCACACAAUUGGGAUCGCAAUAAAUGCAAACAAUAAAUGUGUCAUGCUCAUGAAGCAACAACAAUACCAUGAUGCUCAUGAAGCUGCUAAUCGAGGAGUAAUUGUCUUAGAAAAAUUAAUAAAAUUUCCCAAGCUGAAAAGUACAAAGGCCUGUACCAAAAUGAUGAGGAGCCAUUGCUUCUUACAAAACUUGAAGCUACUCCUAAUGAGCUAUUACAAUCUAGCUCAAUCAAAAGUAAAGAUAGGACAGUCUAAAGAUGCAGAAGCUAUCUUCAAUCAUGGUUUAUUGCUUUCUGAGAAGUUUUUCAUCACCAACACUAUUAUUGCCAAGAAAUACAAAUAAAAAGGUCUGGAGGAAUAAGAAUAUGAACUUUAUUCAGAAAAAUAUCAAAAACGCAGCUGUGCCUAUGAUAAAAUCCUCUGGAAAGAAGAUAAAGAGUUCACCUUCUCAUGAGAUAUUUCAAAAUAGUCCUAAUUUCGUAAAUAUUCGAACUGGGAUGAAGCAAGGAGUAAAUAUUCAGGCGAACACUCCUACUAGUAAAGCAACGAAAUAAGAACAGGAGAGUCAAAUCUGCAUUCGGUAGUUCUCUUAAAGACAUGGCGUUUGCAGAUAAAGAACUAUUAAAAUCAUCAGACAACGAUGAUUUAGAAUCAAGAGCCACUAAAGCUACGAAGGCCACAAGAGCUACAAAGGCAACAAAAGGCUUUUCUUCUGAAAUUUCCAAUAGAAUUGGAAGCAAAAUAGCCUCUUUUUCAGAAGAAGACAUGAAUAAAAUCAUGGAAAGUAUCAGAAAUAACACCCCUAGCAUGACUAAGAUCGAUAACUGGAGAGAAUUUGCUGAACAACAGUUGGAGCAUGCAAGAGGACAUAGAUCUAAGCAUGAGGGAUGCUAUGCAUGCAAUAAUGAAUUUCAAUAA